CGCAGUACGUAUUUGUAAUAAGAAGAGACGGAACCAAGCGACCCGGAAAUGAAAUAUUGCGCGAAAGCGGACAACAUUCAAUACAAGGAUGGUGCAGGUGUACAUACAACUACCUGGUGACGCCAAGGAUUGUCCAGAGUGGGCCAUCAUUGACCUUCAAGGUGCCCUUGAAACCCGACAUCCGGUGCCCCUUGGUGGAAAAUUCAUUGGUGAUUUGCAUUUCACCAACAAGGAUGCACCAGUUCUCAUUAUCGGGCAUCACAUUUUAUUUGGAAAAGUGGUGGAGCUGGAAAAACCCUUUGCUGUGUUAGCAAAACAAUCACAUAAACAAGGAGAUGUUGCCAUGGAAACCAAUCCAACAAAUAAUGGCUAUAUUGUAGAAGCCAUCAUAAAGAAGAAGAUACUGUUCAAGACACGACCAAAGCCAAUUAUUUCUCAUGUUCCUAAGAAAUUAUGAUUUGAAGUUGUUUCGAUGUUUCCUUUGUAGCCAUGGUAGAACUUUGGUAAUGUACAUAGAAAAUCAUUUAUUAACAUAUUAUUGAGAUUGCUACAUGUGAUUUCUUCAUCUUUAAACCGCUUUCAAAUCAUGAAAGCGUAUUGUAAAAUAAUUGUUUGAUCGGUAUCAUUGUGGGGGCACGGGUGGCCCAGUCGUCUAAGGCGCCGCAAUUCGCUGUGCAGAGUUGCGUCCCUUGGGCACGCCAGAAACCUAUGA